AACGGAACACGGAAUUGUCCUUCGGUGUGAUUGUGAGCGCGAAUGGUUGUUUGUCUAUGUGUGCCCUGCGGUUGGCUGGCAACCAGUUCAGGGUGUCCCCCGCCUACUGCCCGAAGACAGUUGGGAUAGGCUCCAGCACGCCCGCGACCCUUGUGAGGAUAAGCAGAUCAGAUGAUGAAUGGACCGUGUGAUUAAAGCAUCUUUUUUUAUUCCAUAAUGUUUGGGAAUACUCAUUAAAUCGAAGUGCAACAGCGUGUUCCCUGAAACUGCCUUACUUUUGACCACAGAGUGGAACUCACACAAAUUAUGUUGGUGUAUUGGAAUCUCUUUCGGAAACAAGGGAAAAUGGUUUCAUGAGAAACAAUGGCUGAGAUUGCAAUAGUAGGCAAACAACAAGCUGAAAGAGUAAGAAAGAAAGAAAAAAGAAUACCUUAAUGUUUCUAGCAGACUACUGUGGAGAGAGGAAGGGGAGUUUUUGGGAGGUGAAAGAAAGGCGCGUUGGUGUAGGAGGAGAUGGAGAAGUUGCGCAGCAUUCCUGCCUGAACACACCAAAUGGGAGCAGAAAGGAGGAAAGAAACUAAUCUGAACUCCAGAUGCCUUAAGGACCAACAGAGGGUUGAAUUAAUCCAAACACACUCAGAGAGCUCCAUCCCUUCUUGUGUUCUCUGUUGUUUUUCUUCGACUUUGACAAGUCAGCAGACCGGACUAACACGUCAACUGUGAACCUUUUAAGCCAGAUUUUUUUUUAAAUUUAUGUAAAACUUUCAACACAGCAGUCAAAGCUCCUCGACUUUGUUUUGCGGGUUUUUUGUUUUUAAUGCCAGUUGUUUGUUUUGGAAUUUACAGAUGCAUUAAUGGCGUGAGCAUCCUCAGUGAUCCAGUUAUGGCGUUGUGGUUGUGUACAAAGAUUUUCUGCAGGUUGGCUGCAGUGUGUGCUCCCCUUCUCCUCUCAUCACCACUAUGGCUAAUGAUCUCCCUUGCCCAAGCUGAACCCUCCUGUCCGCGGGGUUGUAGCUGUCCAAGUGUCAAAGAUGUUCACUGUACGUUCAGACAUCUCAAGGCUGUACCAAAACCUUUUCCUAAAGACACGGAGAGAAUCAACUUGGGAUAUAAUAGCUUGACUGAGGUGAAGGCAUCCGAAUUUAGGUCACUACGGCAACUGGAAAUGCUCUUGAUGCAUGGUAACGACAUAAGCACAGUCCACCCAGGGGCAUUUUACAGCUUGCGAUCGCUACAGAUAUUGAAAUUGAGUUACAACAAGAUAACAACAGUGAAACAUGGACUGUUCGAUGGUCUGGCGGGCCUGGUUCGCCUGCAUCUAGACCACAACCUCAUCAGCUUUAUCGAACCAUAUUCUUUUUCGGGUUUGACUUCCCUCAAACUACUACAACUGGAGGGGAAUCUUCUCAAAGAGAUUCAUCCUCAUACCUUCAUUACAGUGUCACUAUUAGGGAACUUUUGGACUUCUGGACUCAAGCACUUACACCUUUCAGAUAAUAUGUUGGAAAAGCUCCCUGCGACUAUACUGAACACAUCUCCCAGAUUGGAAAUUCUCUCUCUUCAUGGUAACCCAUGGACCUGCGAUUGCCAACUCCACUGGCUGGUACAGUGGAGCUCUACACAUGAAGGAGUAAUAAAGUGUAAAAAGGAUCGUGAGAGAAGCACAACAGAAGUUUGUCCUCAGUGUUUCUCUCCUCAACCACUGAACGGCACCAUAUUGCUUGGAUUAAGUGAAGAUCAGUUUACCUGUGAAAAACCAGCUCUUCACUCUUCCCUCAAACUGCGGGACAACCCUAUGUGGGAUGAAUCUGACACAGAGCCUGACCUGCCAUACACCAGGGACUUUGAAAAGCCCUUAGGCCAUUUAAGCUUUUUUCUCUCAGAUAGCCAUGGAAAUAAUGCUCAUGUGGACUGCGAUGUGCGCCACCCGGGAGAGAGUUCUCAUAUAAACUGGACAGUGAAUCCACGGUCAUUUCAAGGGUUUUCUGCCAACAUCUCAUUAGCAACCACUCUGGAGUGUGAGAUUGAUCGGGAAAAAUUACAAAAUCUUUGGCAACUGGUCGCGUAUUACUACGAAAGUCCUGCUAUCUUGGAAAGAGGUCAGAAAAGAGCUAACACCAGCAGAACUACUUAUCAAUAUGCCCAAGUUACAAAUGAAAAUUCCCCUUAUUUCACAGACUUAAAGGGGUAUUUGGUGGCAGAACCAGCAUGGCUGCUUCAACACAGAAUCUCUUUAAAGCUCAAUAGACAACAAACAACAACCAAAAAACUGGUUAUGGAUUUGACAACCGCCAUCACCAGAAUAAUCCACAGCCACAGAGGGCAGCAGGAUGACAAUGAGCUUUCUUCCUCUUGGGCAAUGAUCAACCGUGGGACCGCAUGGCGGGUCAAUAGUGCUCUUGAGGGAUCAAAGGUUCACUUAAAAUGCAGUGUUGUCACUUCAGAACAGGAGGUAAAAGUGGAGUGGAUGCUUCCAGAUUUGUCCUUUGUGGAGGGUGAAACUGAAAAUCUUAAAAUUGAUGAUACCGGAGAUCUUGUGAUCAUGAAUACAUCACACUCUGAUUCUGGUCUCUAUCACUGUAUGAUCAGAACCAAAGCAGGAGUGGAUUUGAUGUCUUUGAGGCUUACUGUUAAAGAACGAUCACCAAGCCCCUCUGCUUUCAAUGGCCAGAAAAUUGUCGUUGGAAAGGGUGGUUCAAUCUCGCUCCCAUGUGAGGUAACAUCAACACCACCCAGUCAAACCGUAUGGUACAUGCCCACAAACAAAGUACUUUUUCCCACACAAAAGACAAGAAAGGCUGCAGUCAUGGAAAAUGGUACGUUGGUGGUAAGGAACUUAAUGGAAGAAGAUUUGGGAGAAUACAGUUGUUUGGCCUCAAAUCUCUACGGAGUCGACAUGCUGUCUCACAUGGUGGAAGUGACAGGGGAAACGGUCUCUGAAGUACAGACAGAAACAGAGCAGAAAAUCUUAAACACCGACAUGGAAGAGGGUUCAUCGGGAGAUUACCAAGAAAAUCUUCGCCCUUUUGCGACACAGAUGCCUACAGUAGGAAACCAGCGAAGGAAUGGUUUGUUUUCAAACAAAGUCCCAAAGAAAGAUUUUAAACGAAAACCGACCAUUGUGGUGAAGACUUUGGAUCCAAAUUACUGGGCGGAGGUUUUGGCAAAAGCCAAUGGUAAACUACCCUUUGCACGGCCAUCAGAGGUAGCAUUGCCGUCUUCCGCCACUGCGAUUGCCCCAACCAGUCUGACAACUGUUUCUCCCUACACGACUGCUAACAUUGAUCCCAUUACAACCAUUUCUGAAUAUAGGAUGGAGUCAACAGCAAAAGAAGCACAACCCCAAACUUCACAGACUCCAUUCGUCACAAGUACAGAGUCAUUCCUUAACUAUGUUAGUGGGAUGACAGAAAAAAACAAUGGAGUAAUUCCAAUUGUCAGGACCCAAAUUGAAAACGCAGAAAACCGACAAUUUGUUGCAGGCAACAGGAAAUUUGUUCCUGGUCGCUCAAACCGAAGAAGGCCACCUUUUAGACGCAGAAAACCAUCAAUGAGAAGAAUUCAUCCUUUUGUCCCACCAACAGCCACAAAUAUGACUACUUCCACCCCCACCACCUCUAGUUGGAAAAGACCUGAACAAACUAUUGUCACCACCUACUAUCAGACAGAGAAAGUAGGAGUUAAUGAGCAUAGCGGAAGCAUGAACAAGAGAAAAGAAUCCAACACUGAAAGCCAUCAUCCAGUUCAGGAUCUUGAAAGUAGCCAUAUAGCUUUUCAAUCAGUCAAAGACAUAGGAACCAAAUUAGAGAUUUUGCCAGAAACACAUAUUUUACCUUCUCCAAAAUCAACUACUCCAAAGACAGAAGUCAAUUCUCAUCACACGGAAAUGGCUGAGGUGGAAACAGAGCAACAGAGUGCAAAUAAAAAAAUAGCAGCAGGGAAGAAGGUGGAUAUUAUGAAAGAAAAAGUUGAGACACAGUCAAUCAUUAGAGAAGAAACCCAAACAAUGAACACAGAGCUUGAGAUGGUGACAAAAUCAUCUAAGAAUAAUUUGGUCACACAGAGUUAUGAUAUGGGGCAUAACAUAGUUUCAACAUCCCAAACACCAAAACCCAAUACUCCUUCCAAAGUGACUUUCAGAACCUCUCAUGUAAGCAGAGAAAAUACAAAAGAGGACAACAUUCACAACAAAAACAAGGAGGUAGAUAGAGCAGGAGCAAAUCCUGAAAAGCCUUAUUUUGCCGCCAACCCUAUUCAUCCCUGGCUACACCAGCACAACCAAAGAAAAGAGCAAGCAAACUCUGCUCAGGUGGCACAAAAGCAUCAAGACAGAAAUCCAGAGAAGGUGGAAGAUGUCAAUCGGCCACCACCGCCUCCCCGCAGUCCCCCAACUUCCUACUGGCCUUCAAACCCCCAUCAGUACCCUAUCCAUCCUACUUGGCACAGGCAACAAUCAUUUCCACCUCCCAAGCAAGGUGCUGUGCUACAUAUUGUGCCCACGCAAGAAGCCAAGCAUUUGCCCCACGGAAGGGCUCAAAGUCCAGGUGGCACCAAUAGAUCAGAGAUGACAGCUCAAACAGUAAAACCCACAACCAACAUUAUCGAGCCCACAAUGAUUAAUUCUCCACAUAAAAUGAAUCUUUUUGAUGCCAGGACUCAAGUCAGAGAUCAACUGUUAUUAUCAAAGCUGAGGAACCGAUAUAGACAGGCCUAUAUUGAUCGUCUAUCUCAGCUAGGAAAGAUAGUGACACCCAAACCUCGCAUAAUGUACAACAACCCUCCAAACCCCAUUCAACCGAGUCCCGUACCUCUUACCAGACCUUCCCUCCUGAGGCCACCAGUACCGACACCCCCUUAUGUCCAACAACCUACAAACGUAGCCAAACCGACAGCAUCCUCCUUCUCUGGUUUGAAUCUGUACUCACGCUCACUCCAUCCUACCACCUCGGGAUUACAGCAUGGGGGUCAGUGGCAUGUUCGAGGAGCUGGUGUUGGUGGGGCCAAACCUCGCAUCACUUCAGUGAACAAAGCCAGUGUGUCAGUCCUGGCAGAGGAUGACGUUGUUCUACACUGUACAGCAACAGGGAAUCCCGAACCAAGCACCUCAUGGACAAAAGUAUCCACAGGUGCCACCAUUCCAGCCAACACCAAGCACGGUUCCCGGUUUGAAGUAUUCAAAAAUGGAACUUUUGUAAUUAAAACAGUCCAGCUACAGGAUAGAGGCCAGUAUCUCUGCACUGCCCAAAAUAAGUUUGGAUCAGAUCGCAUGGUUAUUACUUUGGCAGUUCAGAUUGAGGCCCCCAAGAUCCAACCUCCCACGUCUACAGAGAUAGCAAACUAUUUCGGGAAAAGUGUGACACUUGACUGUCUUGCUUCUGGAAAACCCCCAGCUCAAAUUUCCUGGAUUCUACCGGAUGGAACAUUUGUUCGGGAAAUUGGGAACAUUCAUACGCCAAUCUCUCAAAUGUCACUACUUGAGAAUGGGACACUGCAAAUGCAUUCAACCAAUUUCUCCAGUAAAGGAGACUAUAAAUGCAUUGCAAGCAAUGCAGCUGGUGCGGAUACAGUCACUUACCAUCUCCAUGUUGCAGCUUUGCCUCCAAGCAUCAGUGAAGCUGCAAGUGACGUCGUAAUCAUUCCGACAGGGAGGAGUGUAUAUGUCCAUUGCUCCAUGAAGGGAGAACCUUUGCCAACAUUGAAGUGGACACUGCCAUCAGGGAUCCAUGUUAAGCCCUCACAGUUUCUCGGGCAUAAGCUCUUUGUAUUUCCCAAUGGGACACUGUAUUUCAAGACUGUCUCACCAUCUGAUGCAGGGAGGUAUGAGUGUUUAGCCACAAACACGGUGGGCAUUGCAAAAAGAACCGUCCAUCUUGAAGUGCGGGCAGAUUCCUCCUCACAUAUCCGUCAUCCUCCUCUUCCUAUCCCCCCUACUCAUCAUCAUGCAGUGCCAUCACGCCAGCACUCAGUCUCAGCUAUGUAUGGCUCUGCUGUUUACUUACACUGUCCAGAGUCAAGUGAAUCCCCAAGGGGAACCAUCUGGCAACUGCCCUCUAAAACCAUCCUGGAGCAUCACUACAGUCCAGAGAGGCCAAUUAAAGUGUUCCAAAAUGGGACUCUGAGGAUUCUUCAGCUAACAGAGCUGGAUGGUGGAAAUUAUCGGUGCUUCUUUCAGCGACCGAAUGGAGAGGACAUGGAGGUCUUUUGGGUGGAUGUUUUGAUGACACCGCCUAGAAUCGAACAUGUGAGGACAACGCAACCGAGAGUCAACUUUGGGGAAAAAGUCCAGGUAGACUGUGUUGCAACGGGCCUCCCAGAUCCAGAGGUUUCCUGGAGUCUACCAGAUGGAACGCUCAUCAACAAUGCUCUUCAGUCGGACGAUAGUGGCUAUCGCAACCACCGCUAUGUUAUUUUUGGCAAUGGAACAUUACUUCUUCAACAGAUGGACAAAAAGGAUGAGGGUGACUACACUUGUUUUGCCAAGAAUAAACUGGGUAAAGAUGAGAGAAAGGUUAGUGUCAAGGUUGGCCCGAAUGCCCCAAGAAUUAGUUUUAAAUUUCAAUCCCUGGUCACAGUGAAAUAUGGAGAAUUAGCUCAGCUGAGCUGUCAAGCCACUGGUGAACCUACACCACAAAUAUUUUGGAUCUCACCGCGAAAUGAUGUGAUUCCAAUGUCAUCGGACAAAUUUCAGAUAAUGGAAAAUGGUAUGUUAGUGGUUAAAAAAGUAACAUUAGCUGAUGAGGGGAAAUAUGCCUGUGUGGCACGAAAUUCUGCUGGUGAUGACAUUAAAAAUGUGAUUCUUGAGGUUGAAUCCAGGGAACCCUUUAUCAAUGGCAACAAAGGGAAGAGUGCCAAAAAUGUUGUUGGUAUUUCUUAUCAAACUGUGCUUUUAGAUUGCAAGGUUGAAGGGAAACCUGAGCCAAGGGUUUGGUGGAUUACACCUUACGGCCACUCACUACAACCCUCCUACCUCAGUGGUCGCUUUCAAGUACACCAAAAUGGAAGUUUGGAAGUGAGAGGAGUGAGAAAAUCAGAUGAAGGGAGAUACAUGUGUCUGGCCAAAAAUCAUCUAGGGGAAGCAUCCUUUUUAGUUGAAUUGGACGUGGCAGCAAUAGCAGAAAAACCAAGUUUUGCUGUUCCUAAUAUUGAACUCAUAUCACUAAAACACUACGGCGGGGAAUUGCAUCUGCAGUGCACUGCCCGCGGAAAACCAAACCCAGAGUAUAUAUGGUUGCUACCUAAUGGGACAAACCUGGUGCCUGGUUUUAGACUACAACGCUUUACCCACCAUCAUGGUAACGGGACUUUGUGGAUCACUCACCUGGCUGAAAGCGAUAAGGGAGUUUACAGGUGUCUAGCGAAGAAUGUGGCAGGUCAAGCAGAGAAGCGUUAUGCACUGGAAGCAGGAAGGAAGCCUGUGAUCAGAGGGUCAUCAGGUGGAAUAAAGAUCACCUAUGGCCAAACGCUCAACUUACCUUGCACAGUGGAUGGCUGGCCGCAGGCAUCGAUCACAUGGACCCUACCCAAUGGCUUCACUUUGGAUAAACCUCAGUCUAUUGGUCGAGUUACUUUUCUUGCCAAUGGGACACUCCAGAUGAGACAGAUUGCUACGUUUGACAAAGGGACAUACACCUGCAAAGCCUCCAACUCUUUUGGCACAUCAACAUUGACAUACCCUAUCACAGUCAUGGUUUAUCCACCACGCAUCACCACUAUGCUGCCCUCCAUCACCAAAGUGAACCGGGGAUCACCUGUUAAGUUAAAUUGUGUUGCUUCAGGUGUACCCAAGCCGGAAAUCUCCUGGACUUUACCUGGCCGUACGACACUAGUUCCACAUAACCGCUACAUAGUUCAAGGAGGGAUCCACAUGACAGAGGAGGGUAGCCUGGUUAUACGGAGUCCAGUGCUCAUGAACUCUGGUAUCUACAAAUGCAAUGCUAAAAACGCUCUUGGAACAGAUUUUAAAUCUACUUACCUACAAGUUAGCUGAGUUGACACAUUUCCUAUUUUUGGGACCAUGGCCUUAACAAACACUCCUAGUAGCCAAAGCUGGGUCAGGAUUUGCCCAUUAUGAAGUUACUGUACUAUUGUAUAAUAAGGAUGCCAUUAGGACAAGCCGCUGUAACUGGAAGCGCUUAAUUCUUGAUAUUUUUUCUUCAAGUCAUAAUAGCUUUGUUCAAGGAUGGCCUUUUUAGGCCAUGCCCAGUGGUGUCACCAGACCACUUUUAACCACUAUUAAUGAGUUGUGCCCCAGAAUCAGGCGUGGACUGACCACCGGCGGCCAGAAAGGGCAAAAGAAUUGCUGCACGGGUGUUAAUGUGUUGCAGUCACCCAAAGUGUUUUCCAACAUUCAUUAAUUUGCGACAUGCUCGGGAAGGACACUCACUUCAAAACAUACAUUUUCUCGGGGGAGACAGUGAAAUAUUUUUCACAGCAGCACAGACUUACAGCCAUGUUAAGUAAGUAGUCUAUGUACAUGUUUUUAAAAUUUCAAUCUAUGUUUUAGUGAGCAAUAACUUUUACAGUGCAAAACUCUGAAUGAAUGGACAAAACUUAAUGGAGCAUCAUAUAUGUAUUUGUUUAUCUGUCUAUUGGUCAGUUAGCAAGCUAAAUAAAUCCUGGUUUAUGGAGGAUAAAAGAUUGGCUGUGCCAUUCUAAUUCUACCGCAUCAGCCAUUCCCUUGUUGGCAUACUACCUCAAAUGGUCAAAAUAAUGUCCUAGUAUUCCUGUUAUGGGUUCAUCCAUAUGUCCAAUCCUCAAAGCAAAAUAAAAAAAGUUUUGUUUUUUAAA